AUGCCCGUUCCUCAGCUCUACUUGUUUGACCAGGCUACCCCCGGUCUGCUUACGGACGUCAUGCGGUCGGUGCAGAGUGUCGCCAGUCGCCUAUCGCUCUAUGCGACGGCCUUCUUCGCGUCCAGCGGGAUGCUAGGCAGCCAGACGACGCUGGCUGCUGCCCAAUCCACCUAUCUGCUCGGACUGGGUAUCGGGGACAUCACAGGGCCCGUCGUCGAGACCAACAUGAUGGGCUAUGCAUCGCUGGGACAGACUGAUACUGGACUGCAUAUGCGCCAGCGUAGUCGUGCGUGGAUUAUCGCGGAUCCCAAUAACUCCACGAACCGAGUUGUGUUCAUCAAUGCUGACAUUGCGAUGGGCGAUACCGGUAUUCGUCGGUCUAUCGUGGCCAAUUUGAGCUCCAUGUACCCCGGCCUCUACGACAAUACGAAUAUCGCGCUAUCUAGCACGCAUCAACACUCCGGAGUCGGGGGUUAUCUCGAGAAUUUAUUGCCGCAGAUCACCGCCCUUGGAUACGUCAAGGAGACCGCGGACGCAAUCGUGGAGGGUACUGUCAGGGCAGUCGUUCAGGCGCACAACAGUCUUGCGGAGGGGAAGCUCAGUCUCGGCAAUACCACCGUCGUGGACGGCAACACCAACCGCUCUCCUGUAGCAUACCUAGCGAACCCCGAAGACGAGCGUGCAGAGUAUCAGUACGACCAGGACAAGGACUUGACGUUACUCAAAUUCGAGGACACGAGUGGCAACGCACGUGGCUUCCUCAGCUUCUACGCCGUUCAUGGGACCAGUAUCUACGAGAAUAAUACGCUUGUAUCUGGCGAUAAUAAAGGCAUGGCUGCAUAUCUAUACGAGCAUAUGGUCGAGCCCGACUCGAUGCCUGGGAAUGUUACGUUCAUUGCAGGCUUUGCUCAGAGCAAUGUCGGUGAUACUAGCCCGAACACACUUGGCGCCUUCUGCGAGAGCCCCGGCAAGGACUAUGAUGGUCAAGCUUGUGACUUCGUGCACGCAACGUGUGGCACAACGGUGCAGGACUGCCACGGCCGUGGACCUGGCUUCCGUAUCUCCGACUUCGAGUCCAACCGAAUAAUCGCUCAGUACCAAGUUGACGGCGCGCAGACGCUGAUGGGUUCGACACUCGCACCUAUCUCCGGUGCUGUGCGCCAUGUUCACACCUAUCUGAAUAUGUCCUACCACUCCUUCACCCUUCCCAACGGCACGACAGUGCAAACUUGCCCACCGGCUAUGGGCUACGCCUUCGCUGGUGGUACCACCGACGGUCCGGGCGCAUUUGACUUCGUCCAGGGUGACAACUCGUCGAUGCCGCAGAACCCCUUCUGGGAGAUCGUGAAGGGCGCUGUCACGCCGGACCCCCCUCCGGAGCAAAUCGCCUGCCAAUACCCAAAGCCCAUCUUGCUCGAUACCGGUUACGCUCACACGCCCUAUAACUGGAGCCCCAACACCGUCGACAUUCAGAUGUUCCGCAUUGGCCAGCUGGUGAUACUCGUUAUGCCUGGAGAGCUGACGACUAUGAGUGGUCGACGCAUACGCAAUGCCAUACGCACAAAUCUGAUCUCUCAAGGAGUCAUCGGGGAGGACGCCUAUGUUGUAGUCGCAGGCCCCGCAAACACGUAUGCUCACUACGUCGCCACGCCUGAGGAGUACAGUGUGCAACGCUAUGAAGGCGCAUCCACGAUCUUUGGAGCUCACACCAUCGACGCCUACAUCGACAAGUACGGCAGCCUCGUGUCCUACCUAGCCGACAACGCGACCGGCGAGCAGCCUCCGUCAGAUGACGCACCGCCGGACCUCACGAAAUCUGCCAUCUCCAUUCGCGCUGGUGUCACACUCGACAGCGGCGACUUCGGCGGUAUCAUCUCCGACGUGAACUCGAGCUAUACCAUCAACGAGACUGCAAGCGCGGUAUUCCACGGCGCAAAUCCGCGUAACAACUUCCGCCUCGAGGGUACCUUCCUCUCCGUGGACCGCUUCGACAACGGAGCGUGGACCAUGGUACGCUCUGAUUCGCAUCCUUCCACGACAUAUCAAUGGGCCCGCACAAACGAGCUUCUCGGGACCAGCAGCGUGAACAUCUCCUGGACCAUCGAGCCGGAAACUCCUAGUGGCACAUACCGUCUCACGUACUACGGCGAUUCGAAGUCUAUCCUUGGAAAGAUUACCGCCUUCUCAGGGUCCUCGAGCAACUUUACUGUUGGUUAG